AUAAUUUCAUCCAACCUGGCAACGCAACCAUUACAUCCUGCACAUCUCGUCUGGUACCAAGAAUCAAGAUGUCUAUUGAAAAUCCAAAGAAAGAUGCGGAUAAAGAAAUCACGAUCUGGCCACAGUGGCUAGCCACGUGUACACUCAGCUUAGCUGUUAUCGGAAGUGGUCUCGCGAAUGGUUGGGCAUCGCCGUACUUGGCUCAACUGACAUCAACGGAAGCGAACAUACCUUUGAAACUGACAGAUACUGAAGCGUCCUGGGUAGCCUCCCUUUUAAAUCUUGGUCGCCUGGUUGGGGCUUUGCUCAGUGCACUGUGUCAAGAGUAUAUUGGACGAAAAAGAGUACUUCUGCUUGGUGGGGUACCAUUGACCGCAAGCUGGAUAUUCAGCAUUUGUGCUACAUCAGUCAUGUGGCUCUACAUCUCUAGAUUCUGCUCGGGAAUUGGUUCGGGAAUGAUGUGGGCUGCAUUGUCCUUGUAUCUAAGCGAAAUUGCCAAUCCGAAAAUUCGUGGGUCACUGAUAUCCAUGAACGUGAAUGCAUCUUCCGUUGGUAUGUUCUUGGGCAAUGCAAUGGGUCCUUAUCUGUCCAUGGAGAUGUUCGGGUACGUGAGCCUCGUUCCGAGUAUCCUCUUCAUGAUCCUCUUCAGUUUGAUACCCGAAUCACCCUACCAUUACCUCCUACACGGAAAUAUCGACAAGGCUGAGGCAUCCUUGAAGUGGUUUAGGCGAGAAUCUGACGUCAAAGCCGAGAUGCGAGAUCUUCAAGAAUUCGUCGACGGAGCUGAAACUAAUAUUUUCCUAAAGUUGAAGGAGUUCCUCAUGCCAAGUAAUUUAAAGAAACCUCUCGUCAUAAUUGGUGUCUACGUGUUCUCCUACGUAAGUGGACACAGUGCACUGAGCUCUUACGCAGAAAUAAUCCUGAUAAAAAGCAGAAUUGCCGUAAAACCAAGCUUAAUAGUGACGAUCCUUGGAUUCUCUACAAUCAUAGCUGGCUUGGCAUCUAUGUUUCUAGUUGACAAAUUUGGUAGAAAAUGUUUCUUGAUAAUGUCUGGUAUAGGAACAUCGAUAUCCUUGGCACUUUUAGGGUUGCAUUUUCAUCUCCUUUCAUUAGAAUACGAUCCUAACAGCUUGACGUGGUUACCAAUAGUCGCGUUAUUAACUUUCAAUCUCUCCAUGUCUUGUGGAUUACAACCGAUUCCAAGCACACUUUUAGGUGAAAUGUUCACUGCAAAUAUGAAAAACAUGGCCUCUUUAUUCGUGAGCUCCAGUAACGCUCUGCUUUCUUUCGCGAGUGCAAAAUCUUAUCAACCUUUCCUAGAUUUAGUCGGUGACAAAUUUGUAUAUUGGACUUAUAGUAUUUGUGUGUUAUUUUCCGCGCCAUAUGUCUAUUUUUUAAUCCCGGAAACGUCGGGAAAGAGCCUCAUAGAAAUCCAACGAUCGAUAAAAAAGUGAUAGCGCAUUAAACUCUUCUUUCAAUUUCACAACAGCUUUACCUUGCCUAAAAAAGAUAGAUCAUUGUAAGAUGAACAAAAAUCAUAAGACUAUAACUUGUACUAUUUAUAAAAUGCAAGUUAAUUGUAAGCUAUUGUAUACUUAUUUUAAGACACAUUCAUCCUUUGUAAUUUUUCAUUCUAUUAUUUCAUCAUAUAU